AUGGCCGACGCAGAAGAGAAGGCCCGCAAGGAGAAGAUCGCUGCGGCCAAGAAGCGUGUCGAGCAGUUGAAGAAGAAGAACAAUAAGAAGGCCACUCCAGCAGCAAAGCAAACAAAACCAGAACCAGCCGAAACCGCCGCGCCUGAACCCGUUGCUGAAAAGGCUGAAGCCGCCCCAGCAAGCGAAGAGAAAACCACUGAGGAACCCAAGAAGAAGGCUCAAGAGAAGCUACCUGCUAAGGAACCCGCGCAGCCACUUAAAGUGGAAACCCAGGAGAGCAGCGACGAAGACGACGAUAGCGAUGAGGACAGCAGCAGUGACGAAGAGACCUCGGCUUCCGCUACCCCCUCUCUCGCCCAACAGUCGAAACUGAGAUCUACAUCAUUUCGUGCCGGCUCCGUUACCUCAGGAGGUGCUGCGCCUGCCAGCCCUUUCAGUCCCGAUGGCGAAACUGCCCCAGAUAUCUACAGAAAGCACAUGGCGAGGAUUGAAGAAUUAGAAAAGGAGAACAAACGCCUAUCUAAAGAAGCAGCAGACUCGGAGAAGCGAUGGCAGAAGGCCGAAAACGAAUUGGCCGACAUACGAGAGGCCGAUGGUGAAGAUUCAGAAAAAGCAGGUGGAAAAGAAGAUGGGCUUUUGGAUAGCUUGAAGAGCCAAGUCGCCUCGCUUCAACGUCAAAACACCCAGCUCCAACAACAGGUAUCGCGAGGACCUGGUCAUGGCCACCGUCCUUCCAUGUCUGUGGCCUCACCUCCGGCAGAUCUGAAAGUUGAGCUCGAGGCCAAGACAGCAACCAUUGAAUCUAUGGAAAUUGAAAUCUCGAAGCUCAGAGCACAGGCAGAAAGACACGCCAGUGGAUCAUCGUCCGAAAAGGAACAAGUUACUGCUCUGGAGGACAAACUAGCCCGUGCUGAGGCUGCAGCGGGUAAGGCUCAGCGCGAACUACAGGACCUCAAGCACAACCUCGAGAGGACAGCAGAGAAAGCAGUCCGCGAAGGUAGCGAACGAACAAGUGCUGAGACCAAGAUCAAGACUCUCGAGCACGAGCUCGAAGAGGUAAAGAGCGCUCGCGAUGAGCUGGAGAAGAAGGUCGAAGCAUUGGGUAAGAAGGCGACGACCCUGACUACAUUACAUAAGGAGCAAGAUUCCCGCUUACAGGCGAUCAAGAAGGAGAAGGAGAAGGCAGAACACGAUGUCACAGAGUUGAGGGCACAGGUUGAGAAGCUUGAGAGCGAAAAUGCAAAACUCCGAAGCAGGAAGUCUAUGGAGGGUGGCGGCGGAUUAGACGAUGAAGGUGUUGAUGAACUUGAGGACGAGGAACGCCAGAAGCUUGAGAGAAAGAUCCGAGCGCUGGAGAGCGAAGUGCAUGAGCUUCGAAGUGGAGCAUGGAUUGAGAAACGUCGCGAACUGGAGGCAACUAGCCCAGGCUUCCAUGAUGUCGACCUCUCUCCUGGUCAUGCGAUGUCUCCAACGCAGCGUAGGAAAUCAGGACCUGGAGGAGGAGGCAUUGGUGAUUUCUUUACGAGUGGUCUCAACGCCUUGGCAGGUGGUAAUGAUGAUGAUUUCCUUGAGGACGACGAUAUGGACUUUGACGAGGAUGCAUUCCGCAAGGCGCAAGAGGAGGAGUCAAAGAGACGGAUCGAGCGGAUCAAGGAGAUUAAGAGAUCACUUAAGCAUUGGGAAGGAUGGAGGUUGGAUAUUGUCGAGAACAGGAGGGGAGGAAACGAGGGCGUUGGUGAGAUCUUUGACGUUUGA